UUUCUCGUUGGAAUCUGGAUGUGGCUGAAGUUUCGCUGAACGUUGAUGUCCCUGCCCACCAACGAGCGCAAUGCCGGCAUCCGCACGCAAGAGCAGCGUCGGUGGCGCCCGCCGCCCGCCACACAAGUACAUUCCCUAUCGCGCAGAUGACUUCCAGCAUGGCAAGAAGACUGGCAUGGCCGUCGCGUACGUCGACCACCGCUCGGACGAGUUCGAGCCGUUCGACAAGGUCAUGAGCCAGGCGGACCAGCGGACGCCGCCCCGGGUGCAGAACACGCGUAAGAAGAGGCAGACUCCGAAGCCCAAGACUCCGAGGACGCCGGCCGUGCAGGAGGUGGAUGUGGACGGGGAGAUGUCGAUGGAGUUGGAAGAUAGUAUACCGAACUCGCCCUCUGCGUACUUCUCCAAUGCACGCGUGAAUACGAUCACGUCUAGCGUACAGCGGGUGGGCUCGUCUUCGCGGCCAGUCGCACACUCCUCCGACGUCGACUUUGACAAGGUGCCCUCCCCGCGCGAGUCGCCCGCCUACUCGCACAGGCGAUCCCUUUUGCAGUCAAGGAAUUCUGGCCCGUCGCACUUGUCACAAUCUACAGUGGCACAGGAUGACGAUGAGCCCGCGGAUGACGGUAUGGAGUAUGGAGGCCCGGACUUCGAUGGCGGUGGAGGCUUUGAUUCAGACGAAGAUGACGCUCCCGCACAGUCCCACCACGGAUCACAGCAACAUUCUCAACGGCGUUCGAGUGUGCAUACAUCCAGGCGCACAAGCUUCGCUCAGAUGGACCAGGAGGACGAUGAGGAGGAACAGGCCGGACAAAUGACCGAUAACGAGCCUACCCCGAAAGCAAAGGGCAAGCGACGCGAUACCGGAGAUGAGCCCCAGCCGGACUACGACAUGGAGGAUAACAUCUCGCGCGGUCUUGCCGAGGUCGAUCAGGAGCCCUCGGAUGAGGAGGAUGUGCCCUUGCGCAAACGGACUGGACAGGAUCGCGGGGAUGAUGACAGCAUCGAGAAGCAUCAGCAGCCGAGCAAGAAAGCACGCACGGAGAACGAGGGUGCGAAGAAGCCGCGCGGUAGGCCGAAGGGGUCGAAGAACAAUGUCCUACGAGAACUCACUCCCAAUGAUGAGAACACAGAUGGUCUGCGUCGUGGGAGGCGCCAUCGGUACAAGCCACUCGAUUGGUGGAGGCUCGAGAAAGUCGUAUACGGCCGACGGGAAACUGGCACGUCGUACGUGCCGACGAUUAAGGAGAUUCAUCGGAUACCGAAGGAGGAACCUCAGCCAUUGGGUGCGAAGCAUCGCAGAAAGCGUCCGCCGCGCAGCAAGAGCAAGACCGCCGACGCCGAGGGGCAAGGCACGCUGGUGUACAAUCCCGAAGAGGGAUGGGACGAGGAUACGCAAGCCGAAGCUCCCAUCCUUGACUACAAGACGAAAGAGGAAUUACGGAAGCGCAUUGCAUUCACUGCGAAGAUGAUCACUCCGAAGGCGGCGGCCAAUAAUGAUUUCUACUUCCAGAAGGUCUUCGGCGACGCGGACUUCAUUGCCGCUGGCGAGCUCAUCAUACCCCCAGAUGGGCAGAAGCCUACCAAGAGCACGAAGGACAACACCUUCGUGUUUUAUGUCAUCGAGGGUGCAGUGAACCUCACAGUGCACAAGACAAGCUUCAUCCUCGCUACAGGCGGCAUGUUCUUGGUCCCGCGAGGUAUAACUUUGGGCAUUCCCCUGUCCCGAACCACACGUUGACGCUCAGUUCGUUCGUGCAGGGAACAUGUACCACAUCCGGAACAUCUCCGAGCGCGACGCAAGGCUGUUCUUCGCUCAGGCACGCAAGGUUUCAGACGAGGAAAUGGAGGAAGAUCAGAGGCCCAUAGGAGCUCGUAAGAGCCGUGGGUCAUCUGGGUCGGUUGGUCCUACGACCACUGUCCGCUCAUCAUCGGAGCCGCAGCCUCCCGCGGCAGCAGCAGGCGCGGCAGCCCUGAGGCGUGCUACGUCCUCCAGGGCAAAGUGAACUGCUCGUGUCACUGUAUUGUGUGGCUCAUCAGUCCUAUGCAAUCACCCUCAUGCCGUAUGCGGUCUACUGAUCGUAGCUAGUCUUCGCAUCUUGUAUGAUUAUAUGGAUAUGCCAUUUCUAUACUCCUCGAAAUGUUGCGCGCGUCUCAGAAA